GGACCUUUUCCAAAAGCCUUCCCUUUACACAUAUUUAUGCCAUUUUUACUGAGAUUCAUGGAAUCUUGAAAUGGUUUUUGCAAAUUUUCUACACAAUUUUAGGUCAAUAAAUGAAAUCCAACCCUGAAAGCACCCCACGAAUCGUCUAGAAGAGAAGAAAGAGAAGGAAUUUGAGUAACCCUUUUUUUUUUUUGUGCAAACUUUUCUUGUUUUUAGUUCUCAUUAUCGAUUAGUGUCAAACCCAAUUGCUAUUUGCUACAAAAAGUUCAUAGCUCUCCAUGUAUAUUAUUAUUAUCUGUAGCUAGGGUUUCUGGGUGUUCAAAUGUGAGCAUAAUGGAACCUUCUGAAGCCGUUUCAGUCCCCAAUCACUGUGAAGUAUCGGCUUCUGAGUUUCAAUCUUCUUCGCAGUUUCGUAGUUCUGUUCUUGAUCCUGUGGCUACAGAUGAUCGCAUCCAUGCAGAGCUUCAGGAAUUGGAUUUGAAGGAUGAGAAAGAGGAGACCGUGAAGGAUUUUGAUGACGGUGGAGAAUGGGAAGUUGAGAAGAAUCCCGAUGAAGGUGAAGGAAAUGAUGCGAAGAAGAUCGGUGAGAGUGAUCGAGAUAGAAGCGUUAGGAAUGACGACGGCGAUGACGAUAACGAUGAGGAGGUUCAUGCAGCCGACGGCGACGGCGGUGAGGUGGAGAAUAAAGGGGAUUGGAGAGGCAAAAACAACCAGUAUCCAGUACGACCGGAGGCGGAGGAUUGUGCCUUUUACCUCAAGACUGGGACCUGCAAGUUCGGAUCAUUUUGCAAAUUCAAUCACCCUGUGCGAAAGAAAAACCAGGUUGUUUCUGAGAAAUUAAAGUACGAAGACGAUUCAGCUAGGCUGGCGGGCAAGACGGAAUGCAAGUUUUAUAUGAGGACGGGGGGUUGUAAAUUCGGGGACGCUUGUAGAUAUAACCACACGAGACCAAAAGCGUUGGCAAGCUCAAUUCUAGAGCUUAACUUCCUUGGUCUGCCAAUCCGACCAGAUGAAAAAGAAUGUCCCUUUUACAUGCGCACCGGGUCCUGCAAAUACGGAGCUAACUGCAAGUUUAACCAUCCUGAUCCCACAACUGUUGUUGUACCCGAAUCUCCGUCAGGAUAUAACAAUGGAGUGCCCCUACAAGGUGGAUCACAAUCACAUAUCCCAUCCUGGAAUUCACCAAGAGUACUGAAUGAAGCUACAGCAUUUGUACCUGCUGUGAUCCCACCAUCUCCAGAUUCAGAAUGGAACGGUUACCAGGCUCCCGUAUAUCCAUCAGAAAUCAGCGUGCUUCCACCUCCGACAUACGUCGUGAUCAAUAUAGCAUCUGAGACAGAUAUCUAUCCUUCUCAUCAGCAGGCGGAAGAGUAUCCCGAACGACCUGGUCAACCUGAUUGCAGCUACUUUCUAAAGACGGGGGACUGUAAAUUUAAAACUCUUUGCAAAUAUCACCAUCCAAAGAAUCGGAACCCGAAGUUACCGGCUUGCACUCUCAAUGAUAAAGGCCUGCCUUUGAGACCUGAUCAGAACAUAUGCACAUAUUAUAGUCGUUACGGCAUCUGCAAGUUCGGGCCAUCUUGCAAGUUCGACCAUCCUAUGCUUCCAGCUUCCUCAACCGUGGGCGUGGGCGAUCUUGAGCAGCAACCUCGCUACGGUAACUUUAGUGCUGCAGAAGGGGCUGAAAUGGCUGGGGGAGGGAGCAGAAACAGCCCCACAGUUGAGCAGUCUGCAUAAGUAGUUUGUGGUGAGGUCUGCUAGGUAUAGGAUUUUUCAUGGAGCAUUUGUUUCGGACAAGGAUAUAUUCGACUCGGUCUCAGUCGGGUUGAGCUACCAUGAGGUUUUUUUUCUUCUAUAAUUUACGUUGAACAAAGGAAAAAUGUAAAUUAUACACACACUGGCUAUAAUCUUGUAAUCUUAACUGGUGAGAUUUGGAGAUUGUGACAGUCAUCGCCUGGCUAAACAGAGCACAGAAGGAACAAUGCCCUUUUGCUUUAAGUUGUUUGAUAAGAAGAAUUACUGACUACUUCCUCAAA